AUGGCGACGCAAACUGGAAAAAUGACUGUCGGUCGCUUCAUCAAAGAGCAAAGGCUAAAUCUGAUCGUCCCAUCCGCCUCCCUCGAUGGCAAAACCGUCCUCAUCACAGGCGCCAACACAGGUGUUGGCCUUGAAGCCGCUAGACACUGUGUCCGCCUCAACGCUGCCCACGUUAUCAUCGCCGUCCGAACUCUCUCCAAGGGUGAAGCCGCCAAAGAAGAGAUCCUCAAAUCCCAACCAGAAAGUAAAACAACUAUAUCUUUAUACUCUGUCGAUUAUUCUAGUUUCGCAUCUGUCAAGGCUUUCGCAGAUAAGAUCAUCGCAGAGAUUCCAAAGCUCGACAUUGCGAUCUUAAAUGCAGGGAUCAACACUAUGGACUGGAAGGUAACAGCCGACGGAUGGGAACAAGUCCUACAAGUAAAUGUACUAUCUACAGCAUAUCUAUCAUUAUUACUAGUACCGAAGAUCAGGGAGAGCUACAACAACGCAUCGACAUUACUGCCUGCCUUGGUUAUCGUCACCAGCGAUACACAUUACUGGGCAAGCUUUAAGCAGAGAAGGAUGGCAGGGGAAGAGUUGGGCAUUUUGAAAGCAAUGAAUAAUCAGAAAGAAACGGGCGGUUCAAUGGAUAAGUAUAUGAUUUCUAAGCUAUUGGAGAUUUAUUUUGUCCGCGAACUUUCAAAAUGGGUUGAUAGGAAUUAUAAAGGGGAAGUUGUGAUCACCGGUGUCAAUCCGGGCUUAUGCCAUAGCGAGUUAAUUAGGGAAACAGGGCUAGUGAAGUUGGUUGGUGACACCUUCAAGUGGAUCUUUGCCAGGACCGCAGAAGAGGGGAGUAGGAAUUAUCUGUGGGCGGCGACUGCGGGCAGGGAAGCACACGGACAGUAUGUUAGCAGCUGUGAGGUACAGAGGGCAGCAGAUACAGUGACAAGUGAGGAGGGACAGAAAUUAGGGGCAAAGGUUUACCAAGAGAUUGGGCAGGUUUUGGGGGAAUUGGAUGGGAGAGUGAAAAUAUUCUUCUGA